AAGAAGGAAGCAGAGGGAAGAAGAGAGGGAGGAGGAGGGGUGGCGGCGCCGUGGCGGAGGAGCAGGAGCAGGAGGGGGAUGGAGAGGAGACGGCUCCUGGGUGGCAUGGCGCUCCUGCUCCUCCAGGCGCUGCCCAGCCCCCUGUCAGUCAGGGCUGAGCCCCCGCAGAGGACAUUUGUCAGUGUCUGGAGAUGUGCUGAGAGUGUAGCUGGCGUCCCACAUGUGAAACCCAGGAGUGCACUAGCCUUCGCACGCUGCUCAAGACGAUGUCUCGAAACCUGGGGACCGUCUGGCCUGAGGGUAAGGAAACCUGUGUGGGUACCAACAAUCAAAGCUACAUCUGUGACACAGGACACUGCUGUGGACAGUCUCAGUGCUGCAACUACUACUAUGAACUCUGGUGUAAGUCCUUGUCCAGGGGGUUCUUGGCAUCCCAGGGUCCCGGUUACUGCCUCUGCUCCUUGGGAAACCGCGGGCUGGCCAGCCUUUUCUGAUUCUCUUGGGGACAGUGUUGGGUUCUGGCUGGUGUGGACCGUCAUCAUCAUACUGAGCUGCUGCUGUGUCUGCCACCACCGCCGAGCCAAGCACCGCCUUCAGGCCCAGCAGCGGCAACAUGAAAUCAACCUGAUCGCCUACCGGGAAGCCCACAACUACACAGCGCUGCCUUUCUACUUCAGGUUUUUGCCAAACUAUUUACUACCUCCUUAUGAGGAAGUGGUGAACAGACCUCCAACUCCUCCCCCACCGUACAGUGCCUUCCAGCUACAACAGCAGCAGCUGCUGCCUCCUCAGGGUGGCCCUGCAGGUGGCGUCCCCCCAGGCGCUGACCCGCCCCAGGGCCCCCAGGGAGGGCAGAGCAGUCCUUUGUCUGGAUCCAGUAGAAGCAGCACAAGACCCCCGAGUGUCGCCGACCCUCAGCCCUCUGAAGUGCCCGCGGACCGGGCAGCCACCAAAGCACCUGGAAUGGAAUCCGGUGGCUCAGUGGCCAGCCGUGGGGAGCUGGCCCCGGGGGCCUUCCUGGACAGGGAUUCAGAGUGUGAGGAAGAGCUACUGAAGGGAUCGAGUCUGGAGCAUGGCGGCGUACCCCCCGACGGCACAGACAAGACACCUGGCAGGCAUCGCCGCUUCACAGGUGACUCGGGCAUUGAGGUGUGUGUGUGCAACCGGGGCCACCACGAGGACAGCCUCAAGGAGUUCAAUACACUCAUAGAUGACGCCCUGGAUGGGCCCCUGGACUUCUGUGACAGUUGUCACGUCCGGCCUCCUGUUGACGAAGAGGAAGGGCUCUGCCUGUCACCUGAGGAGCAGGCUCGAGAGCCGGGGCAUCCCCACCUGCCACGGCCGCCUGCCUGCCUGCUGCUAAACACCAUCAAUGAACAGGACUCGCCAAACUCACAGCACAGCAGCUCCCCCAGCUAGAACAGGCCCUGCCUGCACCCGAGAGCUCGACAGACAACCAGGGUAGGGGACACCCACACGAGAAGCAUUAAGUGACUUCAGACGUGGCACAACCACUUUCUAUUUUAUUUUUUCCCUCCUGUCCCACUCUUCCCACAUCUCCAGGUACAAGUUUGGGGUGUGGCUGCCUCGUCCCCCACAAAGUCACAGUGUUGUAGAAGACUGAGGCUCUGGUUCUGGGACUCAUUCUGCACCCCCAUUUCCAGAGCUGUGUCUCGCCUACCUGCUUGGCUGAGAAACAAGGGUCUGGAAAGCCCCAGGACUGGGGCCGGGCUGGGUUCUGAGAUGGCUCUUGCUGUCUGAGUGGAUUCGUAAGAGAAUUUCGCUGUGUCUCAGUCUGGGAGAGACAGUUUAUCUUGGCCCUGGGUGAAGAAGGAAACCCUCAGGGGCCUGAGACUGUCACCUGCGGCUGUCACCGGCAGCUGCCAGUGUCUGCAGAGCUGGCAUUGGUCUAAUCCUGUGGAAGGGUGAGAGCUGAUGGACGUGUUGGUAAGGGGCUGGCUGGUCUGGCAAGCCCCAGGUGGAGAGUACACCUCUGCAUUGGAGAGGGGGCCCUUCUCCAAUUGGCUGGCUUUGGCCUGGUUCAGGUGUAGGCGUUUAUACUGUGUUCUUUAUGUUUUCCUUGAAAAACAAAUAACAGAGGCUAGCUGGAAAGAGGAAAGUGUCAGUGGGCAGGCAAGAAUCCUCUUUUGGACAAAGGAAUUCUGUAGCUGUCCCUGAGUUUCCAAGAGUCUGGCCACUGUUGGGCCAGAAGGAGAGUGUGGUAGUCCUGGGUCUUCUGUCAGUGGAGGCCUAAGUCUGAUGUCUGGUAGAGAUAUGGCACCCUUCACCCCUGCCCUUUGUCUGUACUCAGAGGAGACCAGUGGUCCCUGGCCAUCCUGAACACAGUCUGCAGUCUUUACCUGUCUUCUGUAAGCAGAUGGACAGGGGAGGGUGUGGUCCUGGGCAUGGCAGCCUUGUAGCUUGGCCCUCACACGGUAUUUUUUCUUGAGUUAUCCAAGACUGUUGUUAGUGUGUUUGUUCGUUUUAAACUGACCACUUGGAAAAACACCUUUGUUAUCUGUGGUUCUCGUGGCUGCCUCUGCCCCGAGCCUGUUGGAGGGGGGUGUCUCACUCUCCUGGACAGCCGUGUUCCUGUCCCCUGGCUCUAGAGGCCCAGCCGUGGCUUGGGUAGGAAAAGGAACAUAGAAGCAGCCGAAGCGAACAUUCCCCGCCCAGCCUCAUUCAUACUAAGAGUUUGGCUCUCCCCUGCUCUUGAACGAUGAUAUGUAGACGCGGCACUGUCGUUGUAGUGAGAAAAGGAAAGGAAGAAAAGAAAAUCCGUAUGUAAUCACACAAACAAACCUGAGGCUGUGAGCUAGCGUGUGUCUGCAUUUGGAUGCCACAAACCAAAAUCCUUGUCGAACAAAAGUGAAGUCUAUACAGUGAUGUUGGAUGGUGUGUGUGUGUGUGUGUGUGUGUGUGUGUGUGUUCGUUCUCCAUUGUGAGUGUGCAAGUUAUCUGUGACCCCAAGCCCUGUGUUCCUGUGAAGAUACUUUGAAUGACCAUUCUGCUCACGUUAACCCCGUGUUCGGAGCACAUAUGGCCCUCUCAAGGUAAUUUAUUUUACGCAUUUACUGUUUACCGAACAAAUGCCUGACUGUACUCGGGUGUCCCCGGCAGCGCCUGUGUUUGCCAGACUCUGCCCUCCAGGGAGAGGCUUCUUUCUCAGCUCAGCACUGCGAUUUGCACACCGCCCCACGGACACUCGGGCCCGCAUUCUGUUCCCUGGACGUGGAAGCAUUCGGAACCCGUCCCUCCCCUUCUGCUGUGUUCAGACAGAAGCUUGAUUGAGUCUUGAGUGACAAGCUUGGACUGGCUGUGGUUCAGACAUCGACCUGCCCAGGAACACUGGGAGUCUCUGGCAGACGCCUUGAUGCCACGAGCACGUACCUCCUCCGCCCAGGUCUAGAGGGUCGGUGUGUGGUCAGAGGGGCCGAGCUGCAACCCUCACACACCUUUCCCACUUCCUUCUUAAAAUCCCAGACAACUCGAAACUGAAUCUCCCCACACUCUAGUUAACUGGUGAUUGGGUGGGACCCUCUCAAGUUCCUUUCCCCUGGCAGGAUGGGGUGCUGGCGUGAGUGCGGACCGGCUUCCUGAUGACCGAGCCAGUCUGGCCCCUGCUGCUUCAGGCCAUGCUGGCGCUCAGAGCACAGGAAAUACAAGUUAGGGGCCAGGGAGACUUGGCUGAGUUGGGUUUCCAGACAAAUGGGAGGAGGGCUUGGUGCUACAGUCAGCUUUGCAGCCGCUAACACAUUCCUGUGUGAGGCACAUCAGCGUCCGUCAGUUAUUGUGAAUAUGUGUAUCUUAAGCAAUAAGAGUCCGCUGCUCAGUGUCCUGGGCAGGCUGGGUGACGCUGGGUGACGCACACCCUGUGCUGUGACCGUUCUGAAGACAGAGUGGCUCUAACCACUGUGAGACGCCCUAAUAAAAUCAGUCCCAAACGUU